UUGCGAUCAGAUAAGAGCAAGCGACCGGCUCAUUGCAGGGACUCAUUUCUUAUUUGCCGUUCUCAGAACAACUCAAAGUAUGUGGCGUUACUACCAGUCCCUCGGAACCUUUGCUUUUGUGCUGCCAGUCUGUUGGGUGAUCAUUGCAGAGACUAAAUCCAUAGGUACUGAGUGCCCGGCUAAUAGUUACUGGGGGUGUUUGAGGACCUGCAUGGAGAGCUGUGAUAAACUCGACAACGUUAACCCCGUGUGCCCUGUCAUGUGCACUUGGGGUUGUGAGUGUAAACCCGGAUACAUCCUCCAAUCACAAUCGUCUAAAGUGUGUGUCCCCUACAGCGACUGCAACGUCACCUGUCCCCCCAACAUGCAUUUCAGGCCUUGCUCACCCCACUCUCGACUCACCUGUGAGCUAAUAAAUGCCGCCCUCCCCGUGCUGCCCACCUGCAGCCCCCAGUGCUUCUGUGAUGAAGGAUUUGCCUUUACUAGAGACCGGAGCAGACCCUGUAUUCCCCUGGGAGAAUGCUCCAAGCAGCAAGUGCAAAAUGCGGCCCUGGACUGACAGAGAUAACAACUGAAGGACCCGGGGGGCAGAACUAGAAACAUAGUUUGUUCCUGAAAGUCAUGUUUCCAUUUAAAGGGCAUUACUUUGUUAAAGGGGGUGCUUCACCUUUAAGUUAACUUUUAGUAUGUUAUAGAAUGACUAAUUCUAAGCACCUUUUCAAUUGGCCU